CUCUUCAGUCCUGGUGAAUGGAAGUGGUUUAAUAUAUGUUAGUCAAGAGAACCUCUGAUCCACAGGAGCCAAGAGAGGAUGCUCUGAUGUGGGCCAAAGGACAUAAAGUUUUCAGCUCCAAGCUGGAAUCACCAGCCUUAAAGAAGACUGUUUUUUUUAAAAUAAGACUCAACCAUGAAUAAUCAGUCGAUGACCGGGAGGACCAUGGUCCCGACAAUUCCUUCCAUCAUGUUUAUUUUCGGGGUGGUUGGGAAUCUCAUCGCCAUCGUGGUUCUUUGCAAAUCUCGCAGAGAACAGAAAGAAACCACGUUUUACACGCUCGUGUGUGGACUGGCGGUCACGGACCUCCUGGGCACACUGCUGGCGAGCCCGGUCACCAUCGCCACGUACGUGAAGGGCUCGUGGCCCGGAGAGGACCCUCUGUGCCAGUACUUCGGCUUCACCAUGCUCUUCUUCUCUCUGGCGGGGCUCAGCAUCAUCUGUGCCAUGUCGGCGGAGAGAUACAUGGCUAUCAACCACCCUUACUUCUACAAUGACUAUGUGGACCAGAAGUUGGCCGGAUUCACUCUGAUGGCGAUCUACGUCUCCAACGCGCUGUUCUGCGCCCUGCCCAUCGUUGGCUUCGGUCAGGUGAAGAAACAGUACCCGCAAACGUGGUGUUUUUUGGAGUGGAGAAGCAACAAGACCAGCGACGCUGCUUACUCCUACAUGUACGCGGGUUUCAGCUCUCUGCUGAUUCUGGUGACCGUCAUCUGUAACGUGCUUGUGUGCGAGGCUUUGAUCCGGAUGCACCGGCGCUUUGUGCGCAGGAUGUCGCUGGGUACAGAUCUGGCGCGCUACGCGGAUCCGCAAAGGAGAGGGCGCAGCUUCGGCCGAUUGGCUGGAGCAGAAAUUCAGAUGGUAAUUCUGCUCAUAGGCACAUCAGUAGUGGUGCUCAUCUGCUCCAUCCCACUCGUUGCUCAGGUGUUUUUGAACCAGCUCUAUAAAACUCCAGUGGAGCUGCAACUGGACAAAAAUCCUGACCUCCGAGCAAUACGCUUUGCAUCCUUCAACCCCAUCCUUGACCCUUGGAUCUACAUCCUUCUCCGCAAGGCCGUUCUUCUCAAGCUCAUUGAGAAAGUCAAGUGCCUGUUUUGCAAGAUUGGAGCAAGGAGGCAACAGCGACAAGGAAACUGCACAGAUGCUCAUCAGCUUUCUUCAGUCAUCUCUAGUCAGGACCCUCACUCCUUGGCGACCCGGGAUAAGCAAGAUGCCACAAACACUUCCCAGACUUUUCUCUAUCAGCCUCAAGAAGGUCAGCCAUGCAUUCAAAGUUCCUGUAAGGACAGCCUUGUUUUACAGCCAUCUUCAGCGAGAAACUCACAGGCUUCAUAUUCAUCUAAAAAGAUCAGGACUGAACUUCAGACUAAGACAGAGAGGAUCCCUGAUCUUUCAGAUAUGCCGUAUUCAAAAGAUCCCGCACUCCAGGUGACGUUGAACACAGAGACAGAGGAGGAAAAGUGCAUCUGACCAGAAUGUUGGUCGCUAAGAGAGUAUUUAAACUAUUGAAAGAGAGGAAGACAUACAAAUGAUAAACAUCCUUCUUGUGAUGUCAGACUCAUGCUGUGAGAACGUUCUGUCACUGUCAGCACUCAGCUGCCUUAGCAAAGACUGACUGCACAAGCAAAUUCUCAAUUAUUCUGCAGAAAUGAUUGCAGAACUUUCUUUUUAAAUGCCUGCUUUGGUGUUCGCCCAUCGAGGAACUCUUGGAUGUAAAGUUACAUUUCACAGUCACAGCUGAUCACAGAAAACCCUGUCUUAUUUGUCUAUGCGUCAAACUGCUUAAAAUUAUGUGAUUGAUUAGAAGCUUUCAAUAACUUUGUAUUGAAAGUUCAUAAAAGAUGGUCGUGUGCAACAUAAGUACAUCUCACGAAUUUGUAAUUUACAAACUAUUUUACAUUGAGGGUACAAAGAUUCAUGAGCUGACCAUACAAUUAAACAUUGUUUCCUGUACUGCAGAAAAUUAAUAUAAAUAUUUAGACUAAAGUGUUGACUAAAGUGGAGUAUUGUGGCAUCACUUUGAGACAGAUAAGUAGCAUCUUUCUCUCAUUCUUCUCCAGGAGAAGGUUCUUGUUCAAGAAAACACAUGUUUUAAUGGGUUAUGAAUUGAAAAGACACACUUGUAAAAUAUAUAUGUUCAUGUACCGGUAAAUGUUUAAGCAGUAUUCUAGUCUGGAAAAAGACUUCAACUCAGAUUUUCAUCCAGAAUCAAAUGACAGCUAAGACAUUUUAAAUGGAUAAAACUAAAGAUCAUGUCCCACAGACACAGCAUACAUGUUGGGCAUAGCACGGAUAAAAAUAUGGUAAUACAUGUGGAAAAAAUGAGAAAGGUGGUGGUCUUUCACGUGAAAGUUUUCACUGAUGUAUCACGAAUGCACCACGUUAAAAAAAACAGAGGUACAAUUAAAACCUCCAAAGAACAUGUAAAUCAACUUAAAAUCCAGAUGUCACGGCCUUAACCUCUGUAGGUACCUUAAUUUAUUAAUAAAACUCUAAAAGAAAAACAACCUUUUUGCAUAAAGGAAAAGGGGAUUCUAAGAUUUCUUAGUUUGGUUCAAACUGAGAACAAAAGUAUCUUUGUACAUAGACUCAUUUAACAAACAAUAUUGAAACUCAAAACACUGUCACUGAUACUUUCAGAAUCUUCCUUUACUUAGUUACUUAACACCUUUCACCCGCUCAUCUUUGCUUUGUGCAUAUCUUUCCAUUUUACAUCUCUAUCCCAUCUUCAGGUGUGUUUGUAUGUGGGGAGGUAACAGAGGAGAGAUCUGUCAAAUCACCCAGACAAAUACAGCCCUGUUUCCCAACUUUAUAUUCAAAUAAAGUUAUUUCAAAAGGCAAACGGCAUGAUUGACCCAUGAUGUAAUAUUUAUCCCAAAGAAAGAAUUCUCUCUUCUAUGAUGUAGAAUUCAAUUGCCGUGUAUUGUUUUUAGAUAUCAAAUACUCUGUUUCAGCUUGUUCUUUUACUGUUUCGUUGUUUUUUAUUAGUUUGUUUUAGAAGCUUUAAGUUGUACAAUUUUUGGCAAUUCAGGUUGUUGACGACACAAGUGAUGUUUCUAUUUUUUUGGGUAUAUCCGGAUAUUUUGAAUUUGAACCUUCUGCGAUUUGGCCUAAGUCUCUUGAACAAGGUUUUUAAAUGUAUUUUUAAACCACUAAAAUGAUGCACUUUAUUUUGAAAAUCAAGAGUAGUAUUUGGAAGAAGCAUUCUUGAAAGUGUGUUUUUAAGUUUUGUGACUGUAUGUGUGAGGUUACAGUAUUAAUAAGGGAAAACCAAAAUAUAUAAAUAUGUACAAGUCAAGCUGCAGCUGUGUUUUAUGUUGUUUCACAAAAACUACGGCUUCGUCGUAUUAUUCAUAUGUUGUCGCUUGUGGAACUUUAUAAAACAUCAUCUUUA